UGAUGUAUGGGAGAUGAAGGACUAUGGAGUGACUAAAUCUUGGGCUAAAAUUUUCACCAUUGAGCAAGCAACAAUCUGUGAGUUUUUUGGAGAUUUGAUUCCGCUUCAGUUUGUCAAGAGUAGUGAGGUUUUAUUAGGAUACGACACAGGUCUCGACUUUCAUCUAGAUUUGUAUGACAUUAAGCGUGCGGCUUCCAUAAAUCUCAAGGCUCAUGAUGACUGUGAUUCGUACUCUUAUACUACCUCGGUUUUUGCGGAGAGCCUUGUAUCACUUAAUUCAGGUACUUAUGUUGGGCAGCAUGACGAUGACCCAGAAGACGAAGACUCAGAAGAUGAUGAUGACCCAGAAGACGAAUAUGAUGAUGAUUCAGAAGACCAAGACUCGGAAGAUGAUGAUGACUCAAAAGAAGAUGGGCAGGAAGAUGACGAUGACUCAGAAGAAGAGGUGCAGGAAGAUGAUGAUGACUCAAAAGAAGAUGAGCAGGAAGAUGAUGAUGACUCGGAAGAAGAGGUGCAGGAAGAUGAUGAUGACUCGGACGAAGAGGAGCAGGAAGACGAAGCUAUUGAGACAAAAAGGAAAAGAUUACGUAUAGGGGGUAGCUCAAGAGCAAUAGAUCUGGGUAGGCUUAAUUCAGGGACUCAUGUUAAGGGCGUAGAAAGAGGAGACUCUGAAGUUGAAAACUUGAAAGAUCAUGAUGACACAGAAGAGGAAGAGACUAGGGAAGGAAAGGAAGCUAGAGAUACAGGUCAUGCAAAUAGUUGUGAGCUGUUGGAUAGCUAUGGCCGUUAUUUGCAAGAAUCAAUAAAUCUCAAAAGAAGAAAACUAGAUUUGGAAACAAGAAAAAUGGAUUUUGAAAUUCGUGUGGAAGAAAAUCGGCAUAUGAGUAUGGACAUAACAAAGAUGAAUGCUUUACAGUUGAAGUGGUGGCAAAUGCGUGCUAAUCAGAUUGAAGAAAAGCGUAGCAUUUCUUACAUGAGCAUUGGUGAUUUCGAAAGACAGCCAUGAGGUAGAGCAAGA